GGGUCACAGCCAUCUAGGCUAUAUUCGAUACUUCUCACCGUCUCACCAAGUCCAACAUAAAUUGUCGCAUCCGCGACCUAACGAGGUCACGGUCGCGAAUGAACCUCCUUCGAUCCCUUCGGCCACACGCACCUUUCUUUGCGCGGAGCACGUUCUUGCAGGUACCAGUGGUAUGUGAUUUCCCUGAGAAUUAGCAACAUACUCACUUGGGAUGACAGACGACGUAGGGAUUGACUGUUUCACGCAAGUUUCGUCAGCGACGCGUCCUUUCCUGUUCACGCCCUUGUCGCUGCUGCGUAGACCGCAGUUGGCCGACAUCCACUCAUUAUGUUUCGGUCGACGCAUGGCUCGUCGUUUGCUCAGGCUUUGACUUUGACACCCUCGACAUCCAUGACUAAUGGCGGUGCAAGUCAUACCGGUGUAACAGGUAUCAAGAAGGCUCGCAGCUUACAAGCAACCAUCAAAGCGCGUGUGGGCAGUUUUUUUGAAGCACGAUUUGACGAGAAGAAACGUCAGGCGGAGCGACAUCGUUCAGAACCCAUUCUUGAGUCGCAAGUAUCUGCAAUGCUAACACCAUCAACACAUCGAGCCAGUGAACCUAUUUUAUCCCACACUGAGGAGAUUAACCCAGAUUCAAACUUAUUGCAAUUAAUACAGCAGGCCGUCACCUGCCCUAUCCAUAAAGAAAUUCUCCUUGGUUUGCGCGAAGAGCCUGCGGCCGAUACUAUUUCAUUAAUGCAGAAGAUUCUCGACAGACCUGGUGAAUAUGGCCUCGAGCCUCAUCGGUAUACCCUUCGUCGUUUACUGAUCCGGUUGUCGCGGGAGUCUCACAUUCUGCCAUCCUCCCUAUUCCUCUCCGGUGUGGUCUGCAAGGAUCGAGAUGCUUUCGGGGGCGGCGCUUUUGCUGAUAUCUUCCAAGCAAAAUAUAACGGAAAGAUGGUAGCUUUGAAGAGACUUCGGGUUUUUCAAAUUUCCACAAACGAACAGAAGAAAGAGCAUGUCAGUAACUUCUUCAGAGAAGCGUUGAUGUGGAGACAACUCAAUCACCCACAUAUCCUGCCCUUUAUUGGUGUCGAUCGACUGACAUUUCCGGGUCACUUGUGUAUGGUCUCCCCGUUCCUGCAAAGCGGUAACGUCAUCCAAUGUAUCCAAUACUUCUUGCAAAUCAAGGCCGACGUUCCUCGAGAACCGUGGGUACGUGGAUUUGUUCAACGAUGGUAUACCAAUGUUGACAUGAUCCUAUUCUGUAAGCUGCUGGAGAUAGCCAAGGGGCUUGCGUACCUCCACGAAGAACAGAUAGUUCACGGUGACCUACGUGGGGCAAACAUCCUGAUUGACGAGGAUCUACAUGUCCGACUCGCUGACUUCGGGUUAGCCGUGCUCGCGGAUGCCAGUACUUCUAGUGGCAUUAGUACUCGAUCAGGAGGUGCCGCGCGCUGGUGUUCGCCUGAAGUGUUGAAAGGCGAGCCUUCUAGUCUCGAAAGCGAUAUAUAUGCAUUUGGGUGUGUAUGCGUUGAGCUGUAUACCCUGAACUACCCGUUCCCGGAGUUCAACGAUGCACAGGCAGUGGCUAAGAUCUUGAAUGGCGUUAGACCAAGAUGUCCGAGUCCUGAUACUGGCAUUCAGCCAUAUAUAUGGUUCCUGGCGAGGCGUUGCUGGAGUAUAACUUCCUGCAGACCUGAUAUAUCUGCAGUAAUUCACGCACUUGCCGAUCAUCGCAAUGCCCCUUCUUCGCCUUCACGCAGUCCUUCGUCUUCACCCAGGCGCCCGGAUCGUCACUCUCACAGGACGAUUCGAAACUCUCUCUCUAACGCUGACCUAGUGGAACUGGCUGAACUUGCCAAUCUAUCUGAAUCAGAUUCUCACUCAUUUACUGUCCUUAGCUCUCCUUCAACAGCCGCUGGCACCUCUCCUUUCUUAUCAAUCUCAGAAUACUCGCCUAUGUCUCUGGAGUUCAUCAACCACUCUUCCCCUGAUAGGCUGUCAGACUCCCCCUCCGCCGUUGCUCACAUGCAUGGAUACUCUCAUUCCCCUCCACCAUUCUCUCCGAAUUCCUUUAUCUCAGAUUUGCCCCCUGGAUUCGAGUUAUCAACUCUCUCACCAAGGAGUUCCCUCGAAACGGACGAUAUGAAUGCUUACUCUCCAGUUGUGUUGUGAAGUGCUCACUCCCUGGAAUGAUCGCGCUUCGGCGUGAUAGGCAAAGGUCAAAAGGAUGGACGUAUGGUACUUGACCAUGCUGGUCAGUUCCAAGACGGCUUCCAGAUCCCUCAGAAGGCUCGAAUCACGGCCACUCUCGGCAUUUAGUCCGUGUUAACGCCGAAACAUGGUCGUAACCUUCGUGUCCCACCCCCGCAGCAUUGUCUCGGAGACGGGUGUCAUACUGUCUGGAAGUCUCAUGCUGAAAUUACUGCCUAUUCCAUCCAAGUAUAGGUUGACAGCGUUGGGUAGACGUUUGCUGCAUGCUUACUACUCAGAACCUUCAUCUGUCUUGUUCAUGAACAAGGUUCAGAUCGCCUUGUUCCCAUCUGAAUAUACCUGUAGCAUGACGAUACAGUGAAGUGAUUACCUCCGUGCAGACAGCUGCACACAUCAAAAUUCGACACAUCUCACAAAGGUCCUGAACGCUCGGAUGGUGAAAUUGCCACUCCUAAGUAUUCUACAACCUCAUGUAUGCCGGACAAUAUCACUUCGGUAUCGUUGGAAUAUGACACUGAAGAAAGCGAACGUCCGUUGAGCAACAGAGACUUCACGAUCUCGCUGUAAGGACCUUUCCGCCCGGGACUUCCAGCGCGAACUUCUUCUGAUAUCUAUCAUAUCCGAGUUCCUCCCCCUCCUCGUCAUCAUCCAGCGGAGUGGGCCGGUAUGCUCUUCCAACCUUGGAAGGAUCCCCAAACACAGGAUCCGCGGAAUCGCCCCACAAAUCCUCGUCGUCGUCCUUGUACAUGGCAUUGAAGACAUCCGCCAUUCCAGACUGAUUGGCGACACGGCAGAUGGCAUAAUGGAGGUUACAAAAAUCGCGGUUCGGUUUCGCGAGAGUUGCAUCUCCAGUGCCGAAGAUCAGCUUCUUACCGUCCGUAGUGUCCGGAAGGAUUCUUCCUACGGAAGGCUGACCGUUACAUGUAUAACGGAGGAUGUACUCCGUGGCACUGGCUUCGAUGGACCAUUCAAGUUUAUCAAAAGAGAUGUGGAAGUUACGAUCGAGUGGAAGACCAUUAGAGACGUCGUUGACGAGCGUGUCAAAAUUUGCCGCAGUGAUACCGCCAGACCAGAAUCGCUCAUAAUACUUCAGAGCUUCCCCUCCCUGUAUACUAAAUAAGCGGUUGGAAAGGAAAGCGAUGCAGUUUGCAG